AUGGAAGAACUACUUACAUGUUACAAUAAAGGUUGCGGCAUGAAAUUUAAAGCUUCAGAAAAUAAAGAAGAUUCGUGCCGUUUCCAUCCUGGUGGCCCAAUAUUUCAUGAUGCUCUGAAAGGUUGGUCAUGUUGCAAAAAGAGGAGCACUGACUUUACAGAGUUUCUCAAUAUACCUGGUUGUACAACUGGUUUCCACAGCAAUGUCAAACCUAUAGUUGAAUCAGCACCUACAAUAAAAGAAAUGGUGCCUGAGGUCACUGAAGACUUCAAGCAAGUUACAAUAAAGCCUUUGCAACCGGUAGAAAGACCAUCUUCUGAUGAACAGCUUGUCACAUUGCAGAUUAAUGUUGCUGAUGCAGUGAGGGAAACUCUGAAAAAAGAACUCAGCAAACUGGAGUUGAAGGAUAAAGGAGAUGAAGCAGAAAGUACAGGUAUUCCAAAGGGAACCUCUUGCAAGAAUAAUGGAUGCACAACGACGUAUGAAGAUGAGUCAAGUGAUUAUGGAAUAUGUGUGUACCAUACAGGCGUUCCUGUGUUCCAUGAAGGCAUGAAGUAUUGGUCAUGUUGUCAAAUCAAGACCACAGAUUUCAAUUCAUUUCUCAAUCAGUCUGGUUGUGCCACUGGCCAACACCUGUGGAUAAAAAAGGACGAAGAAAAGAAGGUGGCUUGUCGGCUUGAUUGGCACCAAACGCCAUCUCAUGUUACAAUAACAAUUUUCUCAAAACUGACAUCACCAGAGAAGACAAAAGUGGAAGUAAAUGGUGUUCGGUGUUGCAUUCACAUUGUGUUUGAUGUAGGAAGAAGUGUCUUUGAUAAAGAUAUUCUACUGAAAGGGAUUAUUGAUCCAAGCAAGAGUAGUGUCAAAAUAUUAGCCUCAAAAGUUGAAAUCAACCUGAAGAAGCAAGAACCAGGCAGUUGGGCUGGUUUGGAACUAUAA